ACGGUACUGAACUAAUUUGCAAAGAAAUGGCAAGUUUACUGAACAUUUUUCUUCUCCUAAAUAAAUGGAAAUCAUUCCUCUUUUGCUUGCCGGAGUUAAUCUUCUCCCGUAGCAGCUCUGUGAGACUGACGAAGGGAAAAAAACAUCUUCAACUUCUGUGUUGACAGUGUUUUGCUACAAUAUUAGAGAACUGAAAUUCACGUAGAAUGGAGUGACUAGUAAUGCUUACAGGCUUCUUGUCCUUUCCUCAGUCCCCUCAGUGCUCCAUCGAAGCAGCUAGUUCCUCCAGCCUACUUCCUGCCUAUAGCCGUGGACAGGCUGGAAGAGGACAGUUCUUUCUCUGAUUCCUUGGUCUCCCGUUCAAGGAGCAUAGUAUUUCCACCGGUGGUUUGCACCUCAUAACUGAUGGGCUGCUGCUGUGAGGCCUCAGCCAGUACAAUGCCCUUCACAGGGUCCACAGAGCUCACUGACUGCUGUCUGUGGGAGAUGAUGGUGUUUUCUCUGUGUUGGAGAGGUUCAGAAAAUAUCAGUCGGCUGCAGUUACAGCACUUACUGCAGUUUCAAAACUGCAAUUUUUUUUUCCUAAGGGUGUGAAUGAAACAGGAACCAAAUUCGCCAUUCAGGUAUACAGUGGAUAUGUACAAAUGAAUGUUAUUUGAGUCUCUCUCGCACUAACUGCAGUUAAUACUCCACUCUGACUUCAAUCUUUUUUCGAAAGGGCAACUUUGGUCACGUUUGCAAAAGCACCCUAAUGACUGGUUGACAAUCGAACCUCCAACAAUUGUAUUUUUUGAUUUUACCUUUAUUUAACUAGGCAAGUCGGUUAAUAACAUUCUUAUGUACAAUGAUGGCCGUCACUAAGGCCAAUUGUGCGCCACCCUAUGGGACUCCAAAUUACGGUCAGUUGUGAUGCAGCCUGGAAUGCAGGCGGCUGCAAGUUGAAGCUGGUAAGGUGCAAGUGCAUAAAAUUGCAGCCGAUACUUCAUGACCUUUGAUCACAUGGUUGUUGCAAAGUUCAUGCAGCCUACAUAAGGUGCAAAUCGGACAGUUUAAAAAAAAAUGCCCAUAAUGGCUCAGACUUUGAAAGGCAGUGACCAUUUUGACAAAAGCAAUAUGCUCGAACGAGCCCAUUGCCUUUGGAAGGUAAGUUGAAACCACUCAAUAUCGCCAUCUGCCGGCCUUUGGGCUAAUAUGAAGUAUAGCCUAGUACAGGGCCCCCCACGCGAGUGGGUUUAUUUAUUAUAAUAGACUAAUAAAACAUCAGGAAAUCAGCUCCAAGAUAUUUUAAUUGAAGAAAUCUGCAAGUAUUCCCACUCAUAAUAGAGAUAAAUGUGAUCGUAUGAUGUAAUCAAGGUUUGAAAUUAUUGUUUUAGUCAAACAUAUCUGUUUGGUCUUCUUGCGGUCAAUUUGCCGUCUACAAAUGUUCUUGUAAUUAUGUUCCGGCGCCCCGCCAAAUCCGCUCAAGAAGAAAAUCGACCCGCGGAUGCCUAGUACAUAUUGUAUUGAAACGCUUUGCACAGAAAGAGGGCGCCUGGGAGGCACCAAUAAAUACAGGAGCAGAGACUGCAAAACAACAAAUUCUCGUAACACCCGCUAGUGUUCCCACUAUUCUGUGACUCCACUUCUCUAUCUGGCUGUGAUCGUUCGUUUCCGUCACGAAGCGGACGAGGGAGUGUAGCCUAGUCAUACGGGCAAGUAGGUGGAGAAAAUAAAAUAAUCAACGAUAUUUACGAUAAGCGACAGCCAACACCGUGAGAAAGUGAAAGUGGCACCAGUUGGCAGUCCCAAAGACCGUCGUUUGAUCUGCUUUUCAUAGCUGUCAACUGUUAUUGAGUGAGGUCUCCUCCUAGUUGGUGACGGAUACAGUAGGCGACACGGGGAGACCAGCUUGUAUUGCCCUCGCCAGAUUUCAUAAGAUUAGAUUUCAAAAUAUUUGACGAGUGGUGUGGAGGCCAAGAUGUCAUCGAAGAUGCCAAGCUCCAACAACGUAACUCAGGCCAGAAGGACAGUACAACAGCUAAAGAUAGAGGCCAGUAUUGAGAGGAUAAAGGUAUCCAAGGCCUCAGCGGACCUCAUGCACUACUGUGGCGAACAUGCCAAGUACGACCCUCUGCUCAUGGGCAUCCCUGCCUCAGAGAACCCCUUCAAGGACAAAAAACCUUGCGCUAUAUUGUAAUGACCCCUUUAUGUAUCUGUUGGCUUUUUAAUGUUCCUGUAUGUCUUUUUUUUCUACUCAUCCACCCGUCAUGCCUUAAAGCCUAUAACCUUA